UCAUAAAUGACAGAUGUAGUGGUGGAUUAUCUCUCAUUAUUUGUUUUAUCAUAGCACUGUAAACAUGAUGGACUCUAGCUUAGUCGCUGUCUUCGUCUUAAUGGGGAUCUACUGCACCUCUUCCCAGCCCGCCCCCCUGUCGUGUCCAGAGGUCAACUGCGACUGUCCCUACGGCACGGAGUGGACCCUGGACCUGUACGGCUGUGCUGUUUGUCGCUGUAAGUCAACCAUCCAGGCCUGUCCAGUCAUCACCUGCACGGGUAUCACGUGUCCGAACGGUCUGCAAACAGACGACAACAACUGUCCGGUCUGCGCAUGUCAAGCAGACGAGUGUCUCCAACUUCCGUGUCACGCGACUGACCAGUGUCCGGCUGGUUUCGCCACUGACCAGCGAGGCUGUAAGACCUGCCAGUGUAAGCCAGAGUGUGACGUCAGAUGCCUGUUCUUGUACUGCCCCUACGGUCAGGUGACGGACGCCGACGGGUGCGAGGUGUGUGAAUGUGAGGCGUGUCCCCAGCUAGACUGCUCGGGUGUCGACUGCCAGGGGCGGUUACUCCUCUCGACAGAUUCACGCGGCUGUGCUGUGUGUGACUGCCUCCCCGCGUCCUGCCCGCUGCCCGUCUGCCCGGACGGGGUGUGUGGGGGAGGAUUUACCUUCGAGCAAGACGACAACGGCUGUACGGUCUGUCGCUGCCAGCGAGGUCAAUGCCCGCUGCCCGUCUGCCCGGAACUGUGCGGGGACCUCGUCGUCCUUGACCGAGACCACAACGGAUGUGACGUGUGCUUGUGUCAGCGCGUGGACUGCCCGUUCCUGCCCUGCCCCGCGGCGUGUAGGUCAGGCCUCAGGGUGCGGACGGACGAGAGGGGAUGUGAGGUCUGUGAGUGUGCGCCGGUCAAAUGUCCUGAUGCAGCACAAUGUCCUGUCGCCUGUCCUGCGGGGGUCGUGCAGGAAAAGGACCAGGACGGCUGUGAGGUGUGUAGGUGUGCUGCCGUGUGUCGUCCACCGCAGUGUCCGCCGUGUGCUGGUGACGUCACUUUCAGCAAGGACAUUUAUGGAUGUGACAUUUGCGAAUGUCACCCAACAUGUCCAGCGCCCUCUUGCCCUGACCUUUGCCCCCACGGCCACGCCCACGGCACAGACGCCAACGGCUGCCCCACCUGCCAAUGUCAGCCGCCAUCUUGUGGGCGUUUCACCUGCAACCUCCGCUGCUCCCGUGGUUUCCAGGAAGAUUCCAGAGGAUGCCCAGUGUGUCGGUGCAAAUGUCCAGAGGACAGGUGUACUUGUCCAUUCUUGACCUACUGGACUUUGGACAGGGAGGGUUGCAGAAGGUGUUUCUGUUAUUACGGCCCUGACCUAGAUUCUGAUGAGAUGUAGGUCGACACGCUUGAAUAAACACUGACGUCAUAACCUUAAAUGUGUGCGU